GGAGAGCACUUCUGCGUCCGAGCCGUGGCUGCAGUAUUUCCCAUUCCCAAACCUUGGCUGGAUGGAGAGGAAGACUGCGAGGAAGAAGAAGAUGCCUCGGGACACCCAGGCAGACAAGGAGCUGAGGAUGGAGACCAGGGAGGAAAAAUCCCUGGGGCAGAACCUUGUGGAAGAGGCUGAUUUGAGCAGCUCCACAGCGCAAGAAUCCAAUGGGGAGGAAAAGCCCCAGAGAUCCCACAGGAGGAGGGGCUCCAAACCCAUCCCAGGGUGCUCUGAGGAGGAAAGACCCACCCUGUGCCAGGAAGGUGACCAGAGAUCCAGCCAGGGCUCUGAGCUGGUGGUCCAUGAGCAGCUUCACAAAGGGCAGAAGCGCUACAAGUGCUUGGUGUGUGGGAAGAGCUUCAGCCAGAGCAACAACCUGAUCAGUCACCAGAUGAUCCACACUGGGGAAUGGCCCUACAAGUGUGGGGAAUGUGGGAAGGGCUUCAGCUUUAACUCCAAACUCAUCAUCCACCAGCGCAGCCACUCUGGGGAGAGACCCUACGAGUGUCCUGAGUGUGGGAAGAGGUUUCGGAUCAGCUCCAGUCUCCUCGUGCACCAGAGGAUUCACACAGAGGAGAGGCCCUUCCGCUGCCCCGACUGUGGGGAGGGCUUCAAGCACAACUCCACCCUCACCAUUCACCGGCGCAUCCACACUGGGGAGAGGCCCUUCAAGUGUGGCGAAUGUGGGAAGAGCUUCAGCCGGAGGUCCCACCUGAUCCGCCACCAGAGGACCCACUCCGGGGAAUGUCCCUAUGAAUGUGAGGAAUGUGGGAAGAGCUUCAGCCGGAGGUCCCAGCUGACCAUCCAUCAGAUGAUCCACACUGGGGAGAGGCCCUACGAGUGUUCAGAAUGUGGGAAGAGGUUUCAGACCAGCUUCCAAUUCCUCAGGCACCAGCAGAUUCACACGGAUGAGAGGCCCUUCCGCUGCCCUGACUGUGGGGAGCGCUUCAGGCAAAACUCCCACCUCAUCACCCACCAGCGCAUCCACACUGGGGAGAGGCCCUACAAGUGUGAGGAAUGUGGGAAGGGGUUCAGCCAGAGCUCCAGCCUCAGUACCCACAAACGCAUCCACACCGGGGAGAGGCCCUAUGAGUGUCCCCAGUGUGGGAAGAACUUCUCAGACAGCUCUCAGUUGACCAGACACAAACGGAGGCACCACUAAGGGAAGCCCUGCGAGUGCUCCAAGUGCAGGAAGAGCUUCGUGCGCUGCCCCAACUCCAUCCCCCAUCAGAGGACCCACAUUGGGCAGAGCCCUGAUAGCCCAUGUUCCCUGUGAUCUGUGUUGGGAAGACACUGGGCUGGUGGUCAUUUUGGUUUGGUUCUAAUUAUCUUUAGAUUCAUCUUCAUCCCUUCAAAACAGACUAAAUUGGGGUAAAAAUCAACAAAUUAAUGGCAUCUAAUUAAUCAAUGGCAUCUAAAGCCUCACAUUUUACUAGUGUUUCAAGAGAAUCUGGGAAUCAGGGAGCUACUUGAGAGUAUUUGGGGGUUGUGGGAUAUUUGGUGUAGUUGUCUCCAUUUCUUGGCACUCAAAGAGAUGAGUGGCUUCAAUCUGUCACCUCAAGACCUCUCAGUGCCUCUGAAUGAUACUCAGUCCCACCCCAAAAUUAUUCAAUUCCACCCCCCCUCCAGCUAUGAUGCCCUUAGUUUUAGCUUUCAUAUUUUUCAUAUUCUGCACUGCCUAGGUUUGUGGUUUUGAACUUCAUAUUAAUUGUUAGUGUCAGAAAAAAUUAAUCCACGAACACCAGAGGUUUAUAUCCAAAAAGGAGACAGAGGAGUGCUUUCAAUUUAUUCAAAUAAAGGGAGAGGCCAUGGGGAAUUCCCCUGGGAUCUCUCUAAUUUUUGGAGGGCGCAGCCACCCUUUUAUCCUAAUUCCUGGCCAUACAUCCCUUCUCCCUUUCCCCAUAGGCUGAGGGAUUUGAGAGGUACAGACUUCCUGGUACGCAUGAUACCUGAGAUGCCAUCCCCCCUCCCCCCAGUGCAUAAUCUCCUUCUUAGUUCUUAGCCCUUGUGGAAUUUUAUGGUGUUUCCCCAGUCUCUUUCAUCUUUCAGUUGAAUCCAUCCCAUUGUUUCUGUUAUCUCUCAGUGAUAGUUUCAUUUUAUCAGCAGACUCACAGCUUCUUUGUAAAGACAAGUGUCACUCUGAUAGUAUAAGGUUUUAAAAUCUUAGAAAAUUCGGGGACUUAGAAAGAAAGUUAGGUUUGGCGAGCCCGGGAAAAGUAGGCCCUGGGAAAUGUUAGGCCUUGUACUUGCUAAAGAUCAGGUCAAACUGCACCUGUGUAAUCAGUAGAUGAUCAUGAUACAAUUGUUAAAUGUGAUUAGAUAUAAUUAUUGUUUAAAGAGCAUGAGGAAUAAUGUUAAGGGGUUGAGGGGGAUCACAAGAAAUCCAUGCUUGGGUAAAAACAAUGCAUACAAUAGAACAAUGUAAGUUUAAUAAUUAAUAUGUAAGUUGUAUAACGAUAGAGUAUAAAAACAU